GUCGACAGCUCCCCACGAACUUUCGAGUCUCGGUCAAAAUUUUAUCGGCCAAGAGCAUUGCUUUGGCCCGGAUUAAAGACGUCGUCUACACCAGCUUAAUGAACACUUAAACCCCUUCAUAAAAGGAACGGGACGUGAAGUAGUGCACAAUUUUGUCGCGGGCGCGCCCCGUCACCGUUGCGGCAACCUCUUACUUGAGCAUUCCAACUAACUGAGGCCAGGCCAAGCUCGAAAGUGGGCCGGCCUUGGGCCUCGGUGCACGCGCGGUCGGAAACAUGGCCGGCACCAUGGGCGACUCCACGCGGGCCCGCAUGGCGGGUCUGGUCAAAGCAGCGAACGCUGGCGGCGGUGGUGGCGACCGCGCGGGAGGAAACUACGUGGGAGGCUAUGGAGGUGGUCUAGGCGGCACGUGGGGCAAGGCGCCAACCAACCGUGGCAUUGACCCGCGCGGUGGAGCUGGCGGGGGUGCUGGGGCCUUUGGAGGUGCGGGCGCAGGCCCUAGUCCUGGCCCUGGCCCUGGCGCUGGUCCUGGCGGGGACUUUGGCGGCGGCGGCGGCGCGUCAGCCCGACCUCCAUCCGCUGGCCGGCAGCGGCCGGGCUCUGCAGUGGGGCAGCGUGACAAGAUUCGAUCUGGGUCUAGCGGCGUCAAGAGCGCUUGGGACAUGCCGCAGCGUGAGCUGCCCAAGGCGCCACCGUUCGGCACAGCAGUCAAGCUGGUGAAGCCUCCGGGCGCCACCAUGGCCGGCGGCAAGAGCACCAAGCCGCUCACAGGCAUUGGCAUGGACUUCAAAGCGACUGGCCGGGGCGCAAUGGAGGCCGUGGGUGGGGCCACGGGCACACAGCGCAUGGGCGGAGGCGGAGGCGCGGCGGGCGGGGGCAUAUUCGGAAGCCCCGGGGGCCCGCCGCGCCGCGCUGGGGCGGGCGGUGGCAUGGUGUCGUACGACACGGGCCCGAUGCGCAUGGGCCGUGCGGCGGUCGCGGCCGAGGAGGCGGCACAGCGGAUGGGGGACAUUACUAUUGAGGAGAGCGAGCCCGGCCGCGCGCCCGACCUGACGGACGCGGGACUGGCCAUGCUGGAGGACCAGAUCCGCGACUCGCUGCGGGCUCGGCGGUCCGUGUACGAGGACAGCAAGACGCUGCUGCUCAAGAUGUUCAAGUCGGUGGACGACGGCAGCGGUGACGUGAGCUGGGAGGAGUUCUGCCAGAUGUGUGCCCUGUUGGGCGUGGAGUGCUCCAUCCCCGAGGCACAGAAGCUGUUUGAGCGGUUCGGCUUCAAGGACCGCCUGCCGUACAACCGCUUCGCGCACGUGCUGCUGACGCAGCCCAGCCGGCAGCUGGCGGAGGAGAUGCCCAUCCGGGCGGGUCCGUUCAAGGACGUGGGCGCCGCCAACUUCCACGGCAAGAUCAAAGACAAGCGCUGCCGCAAGCCGCUGUACACGCCCACCAACUGGGACCCCUCGGUGGACGCGGCGCGCUCGGCCGAGCUGCCCAACUCCCGCCUGGUGCUCCAGUUCGUGUACGGAUACAACGGCAAGGACUCCACCGCCCAGAACCUGUUCUACAACGCGCUGGGGCAGAUGGUCUACUUCGUGGCGGGUGUGGGCAUCGUGUACACGCCGCCCACGGGCGACGCCGGCUCGGCGGCGGCGGGCGCGGGCCACUGCCAGCACUUCUUCCUAGGCCACACCGACGACAUCAAGGCCAUGACCCUGUGCCCGGCCGAGGUGGACGUCGCCGGCAAGAAGUUCCCAGGCCGCACCAUUGCUGCCACCGGUCAGGUGAGCAGCCACGAGGAGGGCCCAUACAUCUGCGUGUGGGACACGCGUGUGGGCUCGCAGCAGGGCGAGCCGGAGCUGAUGCGGCGCGACUUCAAGAAGGAGGACCGCGGCUUCUGUGCGCUGGCCUUCUCGCCCGACGGCGUCUUCCUCACCGCCGUGGCCACCGACAACUCCCACACCGUGUACAUCAUCGACUGGCGCCGGAACAAGAUCGACGGUAGCGGCAAGGGACAAAUGGGCGACCCGCCGCAGGUGUACGGCGUGGAAUGGAACCCGCACGCGGGCCGCCACCCCAACGUGCAACCUGCGUUCCUGACUUUCGGCAAGAAGCACAUCAAGAUGUGGACCCGCGAGAACGGCAACUGGGCGGCCAAGCAGCUGACCACGGGGCGGCUGGACAUGCAGAACGUGCACAGCGCGGCAUGGCUGCCGCCUCGGCAGGAGGGCGGCGGCGAGUGCCUGGUGGUGGCGGGCAUGGCGGACGGCCAGAUCUACGUGUUCAGGGGCACCACAGCCAUCAAGUCCAUUCCCGGCCACGCCAAGGGGCCGCAGGCCAUCCAGGUGGACGGCCACGUGGCCUACACGGGCGUGCGCGGCAUGCGGCUCACCGAGAAGCGCGACCCGGCCACCGGCGACGUCAGCCGCAUGCUGCUCACAGGCGGCGCCGACAGCACCAUCCUGCGCUGGGACGUGACGGACGGGCAGCUGGCGGAGGGGCGCUUCGCGGGGCCGCCGCUGGUGGUGCGCUCGUCGCUGCCGGACCGCGGGCACUGCAUCCGGUCUCUGGACUACGACCCGGCCCGGGACACGGUGCUUGUGGGCACCAACCAGUGCGACGUCAUGGAGGUGGCAGACAACUACCAGAAAGUGCUGGUGUACGGGCACUGCGAUGACGUGUGGACGGUGGCCUUCCACCCGCGCCUGGCCAACCGCGCUGUCACUGCCAGCGAGAAGGUGGUGUACGUGUGGAACACGGAGGAGCGCUCCAUGGAGCGAUUCACGGUGGUGGGCUUCGCGGCGCGCGCGGUGGCGUUCAGCUCCGCCCCCCUGGAGGCGGACAAGACCACCCACCACAUCGCUGUGGGCGGCGCCAAGGGCGACAUUGUGAUCCUGCUUGAGAGCACGCUCAAGCCGGUGCACAAGUGCAAGGACAGCCGCGAGGGCGUCACGGACAUCAAGUACUCGCCGGACAGCCGCCUCAUGGCCGCAGCCACCGCCGACACCUGGAUCGACAUUUACAGCGUCGUCAAGGGCUACCAGCGCGUGCAGCGCUGCACCGGCCACAGCUCCACGGUUCGCGGCAUCGACUGGAGUGUGGACAGCUCCAUCGUGCAGUCUGACUCGGCGGACAUGGAGCUGCUGGUGUGGAACGCGCGGACAGGCAAGCAGAUCCCCAUCCCCUCGCGCGACACCCAGUUCGCCACCUACACGGUGCGGCUGGGCUUCCCGGUCAUGGGCAUCUGGCCGGACGGCAGCGACGGCACCGACGUGAACGCGCUGUCCCGCUCCGCCCGCGGCGACCUGAUCGUCACCUGUGACGACGACGGCCUGGUGAAGCUGUUCAACUGCCCCUGCGUGCUGGACGACGCGCCGCACCGCGCCUACCGCGGCCACAGCAGCCACGUCAUGGGCGUGCGCUUCAGCGCCGACGACCGCACAGUGGUGUCGGUGGGCGGCUACGACUGGGGCAUGUUCCAAUUCGCGGUGGUGGACCUGGAGCCCGCGGCGCCGGAGCCCGCGGCGCCGCAGAAGGUGUGGGGUGCACUCGACCCGGAGGGGCGCGCCUACGGCUGGACCUACACUCCGUACGACGUGAAGCCAGCUGGCGGCGGCGCCGCGGGUCCAUCGGGAGCUGCCCCCCGGGCCUCCGCGAGCGGCGGCAUCCCAUCCCGUGAGCCCUCCACCGCGGCCGCCGGCUACCCGGGUGCGCCUGGCAGUGGCGGUGGCAGUCGCUCCGCCUCUCCACUACCGCCUGACGCUGGCUAUGCAGCCGGGCCUGAGUACGGUGCUGGCGGUGGCGGCGGCGCGGGUGGCCGGCUGGUGGGCAACGCGGCACCCACGCGCAUGCACGAGACGGGCGCCAGCGGUGCGGGCGAUGACUUUGGUGACUACCCGGAGGACACGGCAGGGCUCGAGGUGAACGACGAGGAGGAGUUCUGAGUGGAGAUGUUGAGGAGCGUGCGGGUGGGCGCAGCAAGCGAGCGAGCGAGCGAGCGAGCGCAUGUGCGGGCGGGACGUGGGCCCAGGGAGCCAGAUACUUGGGACGUAGGUCAAUGAUGAAGGAGGCAAGGGCGAGAGCAGCUUUGCUGGAAGGUAGCUUUAGGUAGCGGUGUGCUCUGCUGCCUGUGGCUCCUUGUGAUCACAUGGCUGCACGAAGCCUGUAUGUCCCAGUGGGAUGUCCUGCUUUUGUGCCAAGUGACGGGCUGUGAGGACUACGAACGUUCCUGUGGCACGCAGUCCUACGCAUGCGCAUACUAGUUGAUAAGGCAACGGAACUUGGACCUAAUGCCGUGCCCCUGUCGGAACCGCCCGGCUCGCUUCUUGGCCCGUCUCGGCCGCUUGGCAGCCCAGGGCAGCCCCGCGGCAACGGUGCCGCGGGCCAACCGUCGGAUUGAGUUGCGACGGAUUACGACAGCAAAAUGCUGCCACUAUGGGGCUUUUGGCUUGUUUUCAAUAUUCACUGUAGCAAAACGAUGUUAGAUAUUUACUUCCAUCUGCUGCGACGGUGCACCUGCGCUGUUCAUGU